AUGGACUCCUAUGCAAAAUCCUUCAAAGUAGUGCUUCUUGGGGAGGGUGCUGUUGGUAAAACAUCAUUAAUGCUUCGUUAUACUGAAAAUAAAGUUUUAUUCUUAAAUUUGAAAAAAAAAAUUUUUUUUCCUUCCCCCAAGUUUAUUAACGAGCAUAUUUCAACUAUACAAGCAGCUUUUGCUAGCAAACACCUAAUUGUGGAUAAUGAAAGGGUUGAAUUGGCUAUAUGGGACACGGCGGGGCAGGAAAGGUUUCAUGCUCUUGGACCCAUUUAUUAUAGAGAUAGCCAUGGUGCCCUUCUAGUUUACGACAUUACUGACAGACGCUCUUUUGAAAGAGUCAAAAAAUGGGUAGAGGAAUUGUUGCAAAUGUUGGGGGAUACAGUUGUGUUGUUUGUUGUUGGAAAUAAAAUUGAUUUGGAAUCGUCUAGGGUUGUUUCUGUUGAGGAGGCAGCAAAGUAA